CAAAACUAGUCGUACGAUGAAGCGUUGUUGUGAAAGUCUUUAUCGGAAAGUGUUUGGAUGAUUACAAACUACCCGAUUAAAAGAUUUGCUCUGUUUUAAAAUAAUGCCCCGACCUAAAUGGAUUCGCAUACGCAUUUCUCCCAGUGGCGAUUACAGUUGAUGAACAACGCGUCCGAUUAUUGAAACAUAGGCUUACUAGGUCAUAUUUUUAACCGGGUAGCAAACUUCUUAUUUGUCAUAUUCAAAAUAAAAGCGCGUGUCAGCAUCGAAAAUAUACUUUGUUUAUUAGUGCGCCCAAAUUCCAAAGCAAUAGGGGAUCGUCCCUGCGAUUGUAUGAAAACAGUGUAAGACGUGAAUGACCGCCCAGUGAUUUGUCAUCGAUCGACCAAAUCAAUUCUUUACUAUCUACGGAACGUAGAAAGUCUUAGGUAAUCCUAGCUGAAGCCGGCCAGUGGAAUAGUUCUGUAAUUGGAAAUUUGAGAUGACAAUGUAGUGCUGUGGAAGAAACCUGCUAAAAAUAAUCUCCGCUAUCAUCUGAGCUUACUCACUGAGCAUCUCAACAUUGUGGUGUGUAUAAAAGUGAUUACCAACGAAGGUGCGACUUCCAGAGUGUAACAGAUAUUUAUUAGUUCAGUCCGUGAUGGUGCAGUUCGGCGACAAAGAUUCUAACGAUGAAAGUGAACCACUUUUGAGGAAAGUGUUGUAUAGUGGAAGUUCGGUUCCCGGUGACUCUUUUAUAAAGCAGAGGAACAGAUGCUGCAGAUGGAUAUCGAAACUUUUCAUAAUACCCCAGCGGGUGGUAUUGGCGAUCUUCGGUUUCCUGGCGAUCCUCAAUGCGUACACGAUGCGGAUCUGUCUCUCGAUCGCCAUCACCGAGAUGGUGAACAAAACGAGUAGCAUAGAGCAUGACGAAGGCGUCUGUGCGCUUGAUGAUGACGCCAAUCUGGAGGAAUUCGUCGGCGGCGAGUUCAACUGGGACCAGGAGCUGCAAGGUAUUAUCUUGUCCUCCUUCUACUGGGGCUAUGUGUUGACCCAUCUGCCGGGGGGCAUUCUGGCGGAGAAAUUCGGUGGAAAGUGGACGCUGAGCUUGGGAAUCCUAUCGACGGCAUUCUUCACGCUGAUCACUCCGUGGGCGGUAAAUCUGGGUGGAUCGACGGCACUGAUCGUGAUUCGCGUGUUGAUGGGUUUGGGCGAGGGUACGACUUUCCCGGCAUUGAGCGCCUUGCUGGCUUCAUGGAUUCCGUUGAAAGAGAGAAGUAAGCUAGGUUCGUUGGUGUUCGGAGGUGGACAAGUCGGCACGAUUCUUGGAAACAUGAUCUCGGGACUGCUGCUGCACAACAUCGAUGGCUGGUCGUCAGUAUUUUACUUCUUCGGAGCACUGGGAAUCCUUUGGUUUGUGCUUUUCACGCUGUUCUGCUACAGUGACCCAGAAUCGCAUCCAUUCAUCAGUGACAAGGAGAAGGAAUACCUCAAGAAAGAGUUGGGAACUUUGACUCGCGACAAAACCCUGCCACCAACUCCGUGGCGCUAUAUCCUGACGAGUGCUCCAAUGUUGGCAUUAAUUUGCGCCCAAAUUGGUCACGACUGGGGAUUCUUCAUCAUGGUCACCGAUCUACCGAAAUACAUGAGUGAUGUGCUGCGUUUCUCGAUUAAGGCUAACGGGUUGUUCUCUUCGCUGCCAUACCUGGUAAUGUGGAUAGUGUCAUUAUCGACCGGAGUGCUGAGCGAUUGGUUGAUCUCCUCCGGCAGAAUGACGAUCACCUUUGGAAGGAAGUUGUUUACCACUAUUGCUUCCGCCGGUCCUGCUUUCUUUAUCGUGGGAGCUUCUUAUGCAGGUUGCGAUCGUGCCCUGGUGGUUGCGUUGUUCACUCUCGCCAUGGGUCUUAUGGGUACAUUCUAUCCCGGCAUGAAGGUUAAUCCACUGGAUCUGAGCCCAAAUUAUGCCGGAAGUUUAAUGGCAAUCACGAACGGUAUUGGCGCUAUCACAGGAAUCAUCGUUCCCUAUGUGGUUGGAGUUAUGACUCCCAAUCACUCACUGGAGGAAUGGCGCGUCGUCUUCUGGAUCUCGUUUGGCGUUUUCCAUGUCACCAAUUUGGUUUACGUUAUGUGGGCCUCCGGAGAGGUGCAACCCUGGAACACGCCUCAUCUGAUGAACAAAUCUGUAGAAUCCGGUGAAACUAAGCUAGAAGGCUUCAGCGAAAAAAAGAAAGCACCUGCCGCCAUCACCGCAUCUCAGUAGAACUGCGUCUGAAGAUUUAGUUUUAGCAUAAUUUAUUAGGUAGUACCGUAUUGGUCAACGUUACGAUCAGAAACUGAACGCAACGAGUGAUACCGAUGACCACAAUUGUACUUCUUUGAAGAAGUGAUAACUAUUAGGGUAAAUUGUAAAGAAAAAUCCACUAGACUGCGAAGGAUUACUUGUACAUAUGAUAAGUAAGGCCAAAUGUUGCAUACUUAGGAAUUGUGAUUGUGAUCAUUCCAACAGAAAUCCACAUUUUGAACCGAACCAAAUGCCAAACUCACAUUCAUAUUGAUCGUAAAUACCUGAACGAGUAUUGUAGUAAGAUGAUACAAUUUUAAGAAACAAAUGCAUUUUUCGCAAGCUGUAAUCUAAAGAAUUUCCGAUUGCGGAGCUAUUGUAAAUAGUCAACACGAGGUUUCAUCCGCAGUGGGGCCUUCCCAACGGAAUGUUGCGUAUCAAGUAUCGAGUGAUGCGCCCCCGUGCACGUGUCACUUUGCGGCCGUAAUCUUAUGACAAGAUAAUUUCCAAUAAUUUCCCAGCUUGUUUGCUAAGCUGAGCCAUACCCGUAGCCCGUAAUGACACUAGUAUUGUCUGUCGCAAUGUCGGAGGUAAAGGUCCACAAUGCGCUCGACAGUAGACUCGCCGAGAUGAAGAGUGUUCGGCUAUGCAACUGAUAUGUUGCACUUUUACCCCACUGUUGCUGUAAAUAAAGAUAAUAAUGAAGAGAGAGAAAAAA